AUGGGACGAGGCAAGUACGGGGGCAGCUGUGGGACGGACGGGGACACCGGACUCACGCUGCGCGCCAACCAGAAGGGCUACGCCGACUACAAGCUGCGGCUGGCCAAAGCCACGCUGACACUCAUCCCCCUCUUUGGGAUCCACGAAGUCGUCUUCAUCUUUGCCACCGACGAGCAAACCACGGGCAUCCUGCGCUACAUCAAGGUCUUCUUCACCCUCUUCCUCAACUCCUUCCAGGGUUUCCUGGUGGCCGUGCUGUACUGCUUUGCCAACAAGGAGGUGAAGUCAGAGAUGAAGAAGAAGUGGCAGCUGUGGAAACUCGACCACCCCACGCUCUGCUGCACGCAGUGACAGCAGCACCGCAGGGCUCUGCUCCGGCUGCUGGAGGGUCUGAUCCCAAUGCACACAGUGGGGGAGCAGCCACCAGCAGCCCCACGUAUGUGUGCAGAGCUGCAAGGAGCAGAGCCUGCUGCCACCAGACCCAGCCGUGCACUGGCACCCUACCAGUGCUGGUACCCGUGCAGCAGGAUGGGAGCACGGCCGUCGCAUCCCGAGGUGUGCCAGCACCACACUGGGCAUUGCACUCCUGCUCUCCUCACCUAAGCCAGGGCCACCUUGCCACCUCUCUGCAUCGAGGUGCUGCAGCAGCUGCUCACCACCGCCUUCACUCCAGCGCACUGCACAGAGCAACCCCCACCACCCUCGUCGUGUCCCUCUGGCUGCCAGCUCUCCUCCCCAGCGCAGCACCUCCUGCAGCAGCCUGAGCCCUGACACUGCAUUGGCUGCAGUAGGAGCUCUCUUCCUCUCUUCCCAGCUCUGGUGCCCCCACAAAAGCUGAUUGCAGCAGUGGACGCCACCACCACCCCCCAGCCCCUCACUCUUCCCUCCAUGAGCAGAACAUGAGGCUGCAGCUCCCAUCACACAGUGCUUUGCCGCUCCAGCAGCAGGGAGGAGGCAGCUCUUACUCCCAGCUUCGUGGAAGUGAAUAGAGGAGGUUCUCCAUCACUGGGAGUGUGGCCCAGGCCUUGGGAGACACAGAGGUUGGAGGAGGCUGCACCAGGCUGAGCAGGAGGUUUGCUGGACAGAUGUAACCCCUGUGAGACCAUUUUGCACACUGACUCUUUUCAGAUGUAAAUAAAGGUUUAUUUUUCAGCAA